GGGGUUUGAACCUCGGUGUUUGAACCCAGGAUCUCGAAAUGCAUCGUGAUUCCUGUCCACUAGAUUGUAAGGUGUAUGUAGGUAAUCUUGGAAACAAUGGGAAGACUGAACUAGAGCGGGCUUUUGGCUAUUAUGGACCACUUCGAAGUGCGUGGGUUGCUCGGAACCCUCCUGGCUUUGCUUUUGUUGAAUUUGAGGAUCCCCGAGAUGCAGCUGAUGCUGUCCGAGAGCUGGAUGGAAGAACACUAUGUGGCUGUUGUGUGAGAGUGGAACUGUCGAAUGGUGAAAAAAGAAGUCGCAAUCGUGGCCCGCCGCCCUCUUGGGGCCGUCGCCCUCGAGAUGAUUAUCGAAGGAGGAGUCCUCCACCUCGGCGAAGAUCUCCAAGAAGGAGAAGCUUCUCUCGAAGCCGGAGCAGGUCACUUUCUAGAGAUAGGAGAAGAGAAAGGUCUCUGUCUCGGGAGAGAAACCACAAACCAUCUCGGUCUUUCUCUAGGUCUCGUAGCCGAUCUAGGUCAAAUGAAAGGAAAUAGAAGACCAGCUUGCUAAAGAAGUGGUGUACAGGAAAUAACUUCAUUUGACAGGAGUAUGUACAGGAAAUUCAAGUUUUGUUUGAGACUUCAUAAUCUUGGUGCAUUUUUAAGAUGUUUUAGCUGUUCAAAUUUGCUUUGAACUUUAGUUUUUCAUAGACUGAAAUAAACCUAGAUCCUGCCCAGUUAAAGUGCGAUGUGCUAAUGAUACAGAAACCACUGAUAGAAAUGGAAUAAAGCUCUAGUUUGUCUAGUAGCUGGGAUAUGGUGUGGAGCUGUGGGUAAAAUGAUUGGCAGUCUUUAAAAACUGUUAGUGAACACCAGCUAACAGGUAAAGGAUGGGAACUGCACCCUGAAGGCUUUCAGAGGUUCCUUACUGAUUGCUAUAUAUGGACGCAUAGCUGCAACAUUCUUUAUUUGGAAAUGGAAGACUUUAAGUUACCAGUGUCCUAUCAGUGUAAGGGUACAUUGUAGAGCUGAACCUUUGAGUUACUGUGCAAGAUUUCUUUUUCAUGCUGUCAUUUAUAAUAUGUUUGUGAGAAUCCUUGGGAUUAAAGUUUUGGUUACAAAUUGUUGUUUAACUUGAAAGCUUGUUUUUCCUUGCACACUCAAAAUCUGUGAGCUUGGUAUCAAGUCCAAGUAUAACAUUCCUAUUGGAAGCCAUACUUAUAUUUUCUUGUAAAGUGCUUUUGGAUUAAUAAAAUACUAGCAUAA